GCCGCCUGGACGUUCCGUCUAUAAGAGUCGUUAGAUGGAGGCGAGAAUACCCAUCGUCACUACGACUCCGCCGGUCAGCGCCCUUGACUUCGCUCAUCAGCGCGUUACCCCGCAGUCUCAAGGCGCAUUUCCACUUUCCCUCUAUCCAUCGUCGACAUGAAGGCUUCGGCUGGUCUCGCCUUGGUAGCACUCGUCCCGUUCGUAUCGGCCGCGACCUACUCGCUCACCCAGAACAAUGUCGGCACCGAUUUCCUCAGCAACUUCGGCCAUGAGGCGAUCGCGGAUCCCACAAACGGCAGAGUUACAUACGUGGACCAGGCCACUGCCUUGGCAGACAACUUGACUUACGCCUCUGGUGAUACCUUCAUCAUGCGCACCGAUUCCACCACGACCCUCGCUGCGUCCGAUCCCGGACGGAACAGCGUUCGGAUCAAAAGCAACGCCGCAUACACCACGCACGUAGUCGUUAUGGAUAUCCGCCACAUGCCCCAGGGCUGUGCUACCUGGCCAGCGGCUUGGGAAACCGACGAAGCCGACUGGCCCAACUCGGGAGAAGUGGACAUCAUCGAGGGCGUGAACGACGUCGAGCCGAACCAGAGCACGCUGCACACGAGUGCCGGGUGCACCAUGCCCGCCUCGGUCGCCCAAACCGGGGCGACCGUGAGCACCGACUGCAACACUGCUGACAACGGCAACGCGGGCUGUGGCGUACACGCCGCAGAUAGCAACUCUUACGGACCGGCUUUCAACGCCGCUGGCGGAGGAUGGUACGCGAUGGAACGCACGAACGACUUUAUCAAGGUCUGGUUCUGGUCCCGAGGCUCCACCUCCGUGCCCUCCGACGUCUCCGGCGGUUCGUCGACCGUCGACACCGACAACUGGGGCACGCCCACGGCGCUUUUCCCGAACACCGACUGCGACCUUUCGUCCCACUUCGGCGAGAACAACAUCAUCAUCAACCUUACCCUCUGCGGCGACUGGGCCGGAUCGGUGUUCUCCAGCAACGGCUGCGGUUCUGACUGCGUCAGCUACGUCAAUGCGAACCCAGCGGCCUUCGUGAAUGCCUACUGGGACUUCGCUCGCUUGAGCGUCUACCAAUGAAACCAAACAGUGGCAAGCUCGCCGUUUCCGUAUUGAUAUCAGCAAAACAGAUGUAUAUUAGAUUAUCUAAAUUCU